AGCAUGGAGAUUGAUCAAGCUCAUGGCUCGACCAACCUCGGUGCUUACUUCCCUAACAACAAUUCUGUGCUAUUUAGUUUACUAAGGACGAAGUCGGUUCGAAGUAAAGAAGCAGAAGAGAGGACCGCAUGGCUGCGAUCUCAGCUGAUCGGAACCGGCCUGGAGUUCGACACCCCAUUUGGAAAGCGCCUUCUCACAUAUGCCGAUCACACAGCAUCAGGGAGGUGUUUGCAGUACAUUGAGAACUAUAUCAUCCAAGAAGUCCUCCCUGCCUAUGGGAACACCCACACAGAUGAUAGCUUUGUGGGAAGCAAGACCACAAGGAUGGUUCACAAAGCCACAGAGUACAUUAAGCGAUGCAUGGGAGGAGGACCCAACGAGGCACUCAUAUUUUGUGGCUCAGGCUCCUCUGCGGCCAUCAAGCGCCUCCAAGAGGUGAUCGGCAUUGCGGUGCCUUCGAUCAUGCGAGAGAGAUUACUGCAGAGCCUGAGGGAUGAGGAAAGAUGGGUAGUCUUUGUAGGGCCAUACGAGCAUCACUCCAACCUCCUCUCAUGGCGUCAAAGCCUUGCAGAGGUGGUGGAGAUAGGCUUGGAUGAGAGGGGCCUUCUCAACAUGGAGGCCUUGAAGCUCGAGCUCAUGUCCCCAAAGUAUGCUAACCGUCCUCUGCUGGGCUCCUUCUCGGCCGGCAGCAAUGUCACCGGAAUCCUCACUGAUACCCGGGCUUUGGCUCGCCUUCUUCACCAACAUGGAGCCUUUGCAUGCUUCGACUUUGCUGCAAGUGGCCCAUACGUGGAAAUUGACAUGCGAUCUGGAGAUAUAGAAGGAUAUGAUGCAGUUUUCCUCAGUCCACACAAGUUUAUUGGGGGCCCUGGAACUCCUGGCAUCCUUCUGAUGAACAAAGACCUGUAUCAGCUGGGGUCUUCUCCACCUUCAACUUGUGGAGGUGGUACUGUUGCUUAUGUCAAUGGCUUCGAUGAGAAGGAUACGCUAUACUAUGAUCAUAUUGAAGAGAGGGAAGACAGUGGAACUCCACCCAUCAUCCAAAAGGUCAGAGCUGCAUUGGCCUUCUGGGUGAAAGAGUACAUAGGCCAUGACUUCAUUGAUCUCCAAGAGAGACUUUAUGCUGAGACAGCACUGAGAAGGUUCCUACCCAACAAAAAUAUUGUAGUACUAGGCAACAAGCAUGUCAAGCGACUCCCGAUCUUCUCCUUCCUUGUGUACACUCCCAUGAAUUCCUCAAGUAAUGAAGCAUAUGGUCCUAGAACUAGUAAUGGAGUAAUGAGAGAAGCUUAUAGGUGGUCAGAGGUAGAGAACAACAAAGGCAAGCCCCUCCAUGGGCGCUUCGUCGCGAAGCUACUUAAUGACCUCUUUGGCAUCCAGGCUCGCGGCGGGUGUGCUUGUGCCGGUCCCUAUGGUCACUAUCUCCUUGAAGUAGAUGAGAAACUUUCUCUUCACAUUCGAUCAGCUAUCCUGAAGGGGUACAGUGGAUUGAAACCUGGAUGGACUAGAAUUAGCUUCCCAUACUACAUGUCCAAAGAAGAGUUUGCAUUCAUCCUUGCUUCACUUGAGUUCAUCGCAAUGUACGGUCAUCGAUUCCUCCCUCUGUAUCAAUUUGAUUGGGUGACAGGGGAUUGGACUUUUCGGAAGCGUGUGUUCAAGUAUCAUCUGAUGAAGGAAGAACUAGCCCUUGCAUCGCUUGACUUCUUGGUGGAGAAUGGUAUUGGUGCAAAGGAAGAGAAGGCAGGGAAUCUGGAGGCAGGAGGUAAUGAGAGCUCCAAGACAACAAGUGUUGCUCAAAGAUUUGAGAGUUAUUUGGAGAGUGCAAGAAGCAUUGCCCUUUCCCUUCCAGAGAACCCUCAUCCAAGCAGUGUUCCAGAAGACAUAGAUCCAAGCCUAAUCCUUUUCAGAAUCUAAUGAGCUCUGUAAUUUAUAUGUAACAGACUCUUUUUUGAAUAUAAAAAAAAAGAGUAAAACUAUAAAAUGAGGCUAGUAUUUUUGCAGUUCAUCAAAGUCCAUGGGGAAAUAUCCCCUAUAGUAGCUAGUAGGGGUGAGCCUAGCAAGAUUUGGAGUGUGUGAAAGGCUUCAGUAAGCUUCAGG